CUAUAUAAGGCAAGCUAGUAGCUGGAAUGAAUUGAAUUGAAUGAAGUAAUAAACGGAAGGGAGGGAUCGAGAUGAGCAAUUAUUACUGCAACUCAUCCUCAAUCGGAACAAGCAGCGUCGCCGGCAACUUCACCUAUGCCGACGCGAGCAGCGAGGGCAGCAUGGUGACCGCCUCCGUGCUCAUGUUCGUCCUCGCCGGAUUCUUCUUCAUCCUCAACCUCUUCGGCGGCCUCUCCAACGUGGGCGCCAUACUCAGCCCGCGUGUCCGCCUCCUCUUCACCUCCCUGCUCUCCCUCUUCCUCCUCGUCAUGUCCUACCUCUUAUCCGAGGCCAAGAACACGGCCAAGGAGCUCGACCAGGUCACCACCGUCAUCGGCAUCGGCCGCGCAUCGUCGACGGACCUCCCGUUCAUGGCAGGGGUCAUCCUCACCUGGAUGCUCCUCGUCGAGCUCAUCCGCAAGAAGGUGGACGAGAUCGCCAUGAAAGGCUACUCGGGCACCAUCCACCGUGCCGGCCGUGUCGUCUGGCUCGGCAGCCUCGUCUUCGUCAACAUCCGCAGCGCCGGCCGGAAGGCCGUGUUCGGCGUCCUCUGGGUUCUCUGCGCCACCAAGGUGGUGCAACGGAUCGCCUUCACCGAGGUCGGCAAACGCUCCUACGCCUGCGGCAAGAACCCUUGGAUUAUCACCUCCUACAUGAUGUCCACCUCGCCGUCGCUGCCGGCCCAAGGCGACGCCAUGCUAAAGGGUUGCAGGUACAUCGUGACGGGAGAGGAAGAUGCGCGUGUUGAAGCCACCGCCGACGGCUACAAGUUGAAGGAGGACAGCAAGUCGUCCCUCGUCACCGUCGGCAAAAUCUGGGUGGAGCAAGGGCUACCUGGAACGGGAAAUAAUGGUGGCGACGAGAAGGCGGAGCUCAAGAGGCUGUGCCUCUCUUUCGCGCUAUCCAAACUGCUGCGACGGAGGCUGGAGCAGCUGCCGGUGCCGGAGCCGGAGAUGAGCAGCGCGGAGACCAGCGAGUGCCGCGACGUCAUCUUCAACGGCCUCUACAAGAGCGGCGACGCGGUGGCGGUGUUCGAGGUGAUGAACAGCGAGAUCAACUUCCUGAGCGAGUACUACCACUCCGUCGUCCCCGUCGUCCUGGCCUCCCCAUUCUUCUUCGUCGCCAACUACUUCCUCCUCCCCGUCGUCGUCCUGUGCGUCUGCGUCAUGACCAUCAUCCUCUGCGGCGGCGGCGACGUGCUGUACGCGUUCCGGAGCAUCAAGACGGACAACUUCACCAUCUCCUCGGGCAUAUUCGACACCACCAUGUGCCUCCUCCUGACCGCGCAUCACUCGGCCGCCGCCUUCUUCGCCACCAUCAACUUCGCCGUCACCUUCCUCCUCUACAUCAUCUACAUCUACGAGGAGGUGUGGGAGUUGUUCGUCUUCCUCCUCUCCAACUGGUUCGCGGUCUCGCUGCUCUCCGCCUACGUCGCCAAGACCCGCUUCUGCGACAACUCCGCCUUCCGUGCUUUCGCCCGCUGCAUCCUCUCCGUCCGGACAUGGCUGGGCUUCCAUCUCCAUCCCCAAGAUAUGAUCAACCAAUUCUCCGCGCUCGACCUCCGUUGGCCGCCGCUCACCCUCGCCAUGCCCAUCCCUCUCAUCACCUUGCUCGUCUCCACCAAGCCCGUCCCCGUCCCCGUCCCAGUCAAGCACUCCAUCCUCCUCAGCUCCCUCGCCUCCGCCUCCGCCUCCGCCUCCACCAAGUCUGCUCUAGCGAGCUUCGACGAGCUCAAGACGGCGUGCGAGAACGGCAGCAUCGCGGAGGUGAUCCUCAUAUGCCACAUCGCCACCGGUCUCCUGGAACGCCUCAAUCCUCCGCCUGAUCCGGAGGUGAUGAUCACCGAGUCCGACAGCAAGCGGAUGAGCUGCUGCGGCUGUCCGAACAAGAAGAAGAAGAACACUAGUAGUGACAAUUUCACCGUCGCGACGACGCUGUCCAGAUACUGCGCGUACCUGGUGGCGUUCCAACCGGAGCUCCUUCCGGACUACCAUGAGAAGGCGGAGGAUCUGUUCAAGGCCAUGAAAAUGGAGCUCAAAGACAGGCUCGGAUGUUACCACUACUACUUCUCGUGCGGCCGUGAGCGAGCCGACGCCAUCAUCAACAACAUCAACAGCAAGAAUAACAACAAGGAGGGAACCGUGGACAAGGGCGCAGAGUUGGCCAACAAGUUGCUAGAAAAAUACACGAAUGAUCAUGAUUCGAUGUGGACGCUUCUGGCGGAGGUGUGGACGGAGAUCAUCGUGUACGUGGCUCCGUCCAACGAGGAGCGUACUAUCAUGGCGCACAAGAAUGUGCUAUGGCAGGGAGGCGAGUUCAUCACCGUGCUUUGGGCUCUCAUGACUCACACCGGCAUUACCCGACACCGCCGCCUCCGCGAAAUCGCUCUCAAAAUUUCCCAAGACGACGCCAGCACGUCGUCGUCCCAACAAAAAUCCGCACCGGACCGGAUCGAUAAGCAGCACGAAAUCGAUAUCCAUCGUCACUAGCUAAUGUGUGUAAAUUUGCUUGCUUGCUUGAUCGAUUGAUUGCUUUUGGAUGCGUGAAUGUGUGUUUGUUUGGCCUGCAGCUUUCUCUUCUUUAAUGUUAUUUUCCCCUUCUCUUUCUUUCUUUCUUUUAUUCAUUUGUUGUGAAAAUGUCUCUACUACUGUAAGUGCAUGAGUAUGUGUGGUUAUAGAGUCUGCUAUACUACCGAUCUUCAUGAAUUAAUAAUUCCAUGCAUUUUUAUUC